UAACAGUAGCAGCAGCAACGUGCUUUUUGUGUUCCCGCACUUACCUUAUCUUAUCAUUUUCCUUCCCACACACUCACUCACUGCUCCCAAAUGGCGAACGAAUCAGACUCAGACUCGGAAACCGACUCGGACUACUCCUCUUACGACGGCGAGCCAGCUGAAGACGGCGAUUUCCGCCGCGCGUUUCGCAUCCGUCGAAGCGGCGAUCCUCUUCCCGAGAAGAAGACCGACCCGGAGACCACCUUCAAGGAGUUCGCGCAAGUGCUAGAUAGCCCCAUCGUGCAGAGUAUACAUGAAGAAGAAGACGAAGAUUUUUUGGAAGAAGAAAACCCAUUUGACUUCCCUGAAGACCCUGAGAAAUGGACCGAAGAGGAUUUGGAGGAGAUUUGGGCUGAUGGACCCAAUGAAAUUGGUGGAACUGGUUGGGACCCAUUUUGGGUUGAAGAAGAUGAGUGGGAGUAUGUGCAGAAUGAGAUUGCUGAGGGAAGAACACCACCCAUUGCUCCCUUCUAUCUUCCUUAUAGGAAGCAUUACCCUGCUAUCCCUGAUAACCAUUUCGAUAUUUCUAACCCCAAAGCUGCCAUUGAAGAAUUGGAUAGGAUUGAGGAGUUUCUCAAAUGGGUCAGCUGGAUUUUCGAAGAUGGAAGCUCGUAUGAAGGCACUGUUUGGGAUGACUAUGCUCAUGGAAAAGGUGUUUGGUCUUCCGAAGACAGGCUUGUCAGGUAUGAAGGUGAAUGGCUUCAAAACGACCCAGAGGGUCAUGGUGUAGUUGAAGUUGAUAUACCUGUUAUAGAGCCCGCUCCUGGUUCCAAGCUUGAAGCAAAGAUGCGCGCUGAAGGAAAGAUAAUAGCAAGGGAUUUUAUGUCCCCAGAAGACAGAAAAUGGCUUGAAAUGGAUAUUGAAGAUAGUUAUCUUCUAGCAGAUGGAAACUAUGAAAUCCCUUUUUAUGAGAGUGAAGAAUGGGUUAGGCUUUUUGGAAGAAAGCCGGAGAAAGGUCGCUAUCGUUAUGCUGGUCAGUGGAAGCAUGGGAGGUUUCAUGGAUGUGGCGUGUACCAAGUGAAUGAGCGUACAACAUAUGGUAGAUUUUAUUUUGGAGAAUUGUUGGAUGAUUUUGAGGGAUGCGAUGACGAAACUGCAGGGCUGCAUGCUGGUAUAGCAGAAGUUGCUGCUGGAAAGGCUCGCAUGUUUGUGAACAAGCCAGAUGGAAUGGUUAGAGAAGAGAGAGGUCCAUAUAGUGAUCCGCAGCAUCCUUACUUUUAUGAAGAAGAGGAUGUGUGGAUGGCGCCUGGUUUCAUUAACCAGUUUUAUGAAGUCCCUGAUUACUGGAAAACAUAUGUGCAUGAAGUAGAUGAGGAAAGAGAAAUGUGGUUGAACUCUUUCUAUAAAGCUCCUCUUAGGUUACCCAUGCCAGCUGAGCUUGAGUACUGGUGGUCAAAGGCUGAGAAUCAUGAGACUCCUGAAUUUGUCCUUAUUAACAAGGAACCAGAGCCUGAUCCUGAAGAUCCGUCACAGCUUAUAUAUACUGAGCCUCCUGUCAUCCUCCACACACCAACAGGGCAUAUUAUCAAUUAUGUUGAGGAUGAGAAAUAUGGGUUACGAUUAUUCUGGCAACCUCCUUUGGAAAAGGGUGAGGAUGUGGACCCAGAAAAGGCCCAAUUCCUACCCCUUGGUUAUGAUGAGUUUUUCGGAAAAGAUACUGUGGUUAAAAACGAGAGCAUAUGGAUGCGUAUUAUACUUGCGCUUGAAAAUGCUUGCAACCCAUGGUUUGAUAAACUUGAGAAAUGGACAGAAGAGCAGAAGAAAAAUAGUGAAUUGAGAAAGAAGGCAAUUGAGCAAGAACUUGAACUGAUAGAAGCUGAAUUGUGUCUGGAAGAGGCCAUUGAGGAUAUGGAAGAGUUGUUGCAGAGAAGGGAGAAAGAAGAGCAAAAGAAGGUGGAAAUGGGCUUUCCAGAUGAAGAUGAUACGACUCCUGUAACCAAACAAGAUGAAAAAGCUCCUGCAGAGGAGGAGGAGGAGGAAGAGGAAGAGGAAGGCGAUGAGGAAAACGAGGAUGAUAAUGCACAAUCAAGUUUUGGGUCUGUUGACCAGAAACAGACAACAGAUCAGCAGAAGGGAAAACCUGGGAAAUCACCAUUUUCUACAUCUUCACUUGCAUUUGCUUCUAGCAGCCUUAUCUAUGCGGUUCCAAACAAGCUGCAACAAUCAUUUUCAUUCUGGAACAAAGGUGGACAAAAACCCGAGUUAGUUCCUCCCCUGUGCGUUGAUCGCGUCAGUAAUGUCAAAUCAGUUGAUUCAGUAAGUUUCCGUCCUUUGAUUGGCCUGAAGGGUAGCUUGAAGGCUGUGGGCAAGACACAAUGGAGAGUUAAGGCAAUAAGCUCUUUGUCUCAGACUCGGUCACGUUUAUUGGCUUCUCCAAAUUCCAAAAGCAACUUAAAGGAGCCUGGAGUGAGUGGUGACGUGUGGUUGCAUGCGGCACCAGAGAGAGAUUUAGACAGCAUAUUGUCGUUGCAUUCAUCAAUGUAUAAUUACAAAGAACAUAGAGGGACUCUUUGAUGAUCAUUAUCCUCUCCAUUUUUAUCCAAAUAUCCAGAGAGGUUCACAUCAAAUCCAAGUUUUGAGUGGUAUGGGGUUGGAGAAUUUGUUCAAUUCAUGAAGGCUGUUAUUAUUGUUUUAUAGGCCUUUCUAUACCAACAACGUUGGAACUGCUGAUAGAAUGGUUGAAUCCUGUUUCGUAUUUGCAUUUCCUUUUUUCUUUUUGGGUAGUUGCAUUUAAGCGUUUCACUAUUUUACACAAGGGAAAUAUUACUCUUUUUUUA